AUGACAGACGCACACGUAGGACAUACAGAUACCUCGCCAGACGAUCUAAAACCAGAGACGACCGCAACAGGCAACACGGGCUCCCACUCCGAGCUCUUCGGACUGCAAGGACAGAAACGAGCGUCUACCACAGCCGGCGCUGGAGCAGGAUCAGGAGUGAUCGGCACCAGCGGUCAUCCUGGAGCGGGCAAAGGGCCCAACACCGACUUCGGGCAGACCGCUCAAACAGCAGGCAUUGGAGGCAUGGCCGAGGGCGGGAAGAGCAGUGCCAUUUCUGGAUCUGGCGGAGAAGCUUUCACACCAAGUCAAGGAACUGGGGAUGUACGGCCUGCAGGCGAAGCGACCGGAGAGAAAAAGAUUCUCGACAAAUUGAAUCCCUUCAAGUGA